AUGUCAGCCUCUUUAGGAAUAUCUAUUUGCUUUCAUUUUUGCUCAAAAACUCUUUGUUCGUUUAGUGUGAAAGUGCGGUUCUCUGCAGAAGCUGUUGACCUGUUACCUAAAAUUACAUUCGUGUCUGAGGAAAAUGUUACUGCUGCGAUUACUAAGUCUCCAAAAACUUCUGAACCGAGCAGUGAUUCUAGCAAAACUUCUGUUGAGACCAAACAAAAUCCAUCUGGCCAAGAUAAGAAGUCCAAACGAAGUACAACAUCCUCCCAGAGCAUAGUAGAACAAGCACAUCCUGUUCACAAUGACAGAGGAACUCUUUCAUUUCAGUUUUAUUUCAACGUCAGUUCUGAUAACCAAGAAGGUCUCUACAGCCUGUAUUUCCAUAAGUGUAUUGGCAGCGAUUUACAGACUAAUGAUCAGCAGCUAUUUAGUCUUGAUAUAGAAAUUACGGAGAAGAAUCCUGAAAGCUACCUCUCAGCGGGUGAGAUACCACUGCCAAAACUUUACAUUUCUAUGGCUUUCUUCUUUUUCCUCUCCGGGGCUGUGUGGAUACACAUACUUCGAAAACGCAGAAAUGAUGUGUUUAAGAUUCAUUGGCUCAUGGCAGCCCUUCCUUUCACCAAAUCUCUAUCCUUAGUAUUUCAUGCGAUCGACUAUCACUACAUUUCUUCUCAGGGAUUUCCUAUUGAAGGCUGGGCUGUUGUCUAUUACAUCACUCACCUACUGAAAGGUGCUCUUCUCUUCAUUACUAUCGCCCUCAUUGGCACAGGCUGGGCUUUCAUUAAGCACAUCCUCUCUGAUAAAGACAAAAAAAUUUUCAUGAUUGUCAUCCCACUUCAGGUACUGGCAAAUGUGGCAUACAUUAUCAUAGAGUCGACGGAAGAGGGAACAACUGAGUAUGGACUGUGGAAAGAAAUUCUCUUCCUGGUAGACUUGCUGUGUUGUGGAGCCAUUCUGUUCCCAGUGGUAUGGUCAAUAAGACACUUACAGGAGGCUUCAGCAACAGAUGGAAAAGCUGCCAUUAAUCUAGCAAAGCUGAAGCUUUUCAGGCAUUACUAUGUUAUGAUUGUGUGUUACAUUUACUUCACACGGAUCAUUGCAAUUCUCAUAAAGAUUGCUGUUCCAUUCCAGUGGAAAUGGCUGUACCAGUUGCUAGAUGAAAUGGCCACACUUGUCUUCUUUGUUCUCACCGGGUACAAGUUUCGUCCGGCAUCAGACAACCCCUAUCUACAGCUCUCUCAGGAUGAUGAGGAUGAUCUGGAGAUGGAAGCUGUGGUGACGACUUCUGGCGUAAUGGAGGGCAUGAAGAAAGUCAAGAAAGUGGUGAAUGGUUCAGCAUAGCUCCGGGGCGAGUGGGAGAGCACAGCGUGAUGGACUGGACUACGGCAGCACUUUCAGAGAAACUUUUUUUUUAAUUUAUUAAUAUUACUCUCAGUGGAAGGGGAGCAACUAGCACUUCCCGACACUGAAACUACGGAGUGGGGUAUGUCUAGUAGGGAGCAAAGCAGUGCAAAAAUCUUAACUAUUCCUCUGAUCAUAAGAAAAUGGGGUCUCUUGGUACCUGCAAGAAGUGUGAAGCUUUCCUAGGGAUUUUGGGUAGGUUGUUCUUUAUUUCUCCCCACCCUUUCUGGAUCAGUUAUUCUAAAUUGUUUUGCAAUUGCAUUCUUCAGAAUGUAUUAUACUAAUGUGAAGAGAGACCUUUAGUGUGUAAGUAAAGUAUAUAUUUUAUAUAAUGCAUAUAUAUUCACACAUGCUAUGUAACAUAUAUGCUGGGAAUUACAAAGUGUCGCAGAAGAUAGGAAAAUGAGAUGUAAGUAUUUCUUUUUUUAUAAACUUUCCUUUUGGCUUGGACAAAACAUUGAAAAAGACAAAUUAAUAGAAACAACUGCAAAGAGGCUGAACGGGGUAUUGGAUCAGAUGACUCU